AUGGCAAUUUCAUCCACGUCGGAAUCAGAUUGGGCAUGGCUUCCAAUGGACCUCCUCGAUUCGAUUCUGCACAAGCUGGCCUCGCCCAUUGACCAGGUUCUUGUCCUUGAUCAUAGAGGUGAGCUCCUAUCCAUUGAUGUUAAUACCAAUCAAAAGAAGAUACUUGCCACGAGAGAUUUGAGGUAUGCUGACUUGACAUAUCUGGUGGAAACAUCUGGCGGAGAUCUGUUGGUGGUACGGAGGUGUUUGGAUUCUUGGCGUGAUCAGGGUAUGACUGAUAGUUUCGAAGUGUAUAAGCUUGUGCUCGACCAUGAAAGUGGAAGGGUGGUAAAACGGGUAGAGGUGAAGAACAUAGGAGAUGAUGCAUUGUUCUUGGGAGACAACUAUUCUAUAUCUGUUUCCGCUUCUGCCUUUCUAGGCUGUCGCCCCAACUUCAUAUAUUACACCGAUGACUACAUCGAUACUAUGCCAUACUACCCUAAUGGGCCGAUUGACAUGGGUAUUUUCAAUUUGGAGGACAGAAGCAUUCAACUACACUACAAACCAAAUCCUUCCCACAAGCAUAAGUCUCCCCCAAUUUGGAUUCUACUCCCUAUGUUGUAG